AUGGCGCAACCCAUCUUUGGUUCCGAUUCCACUUCAAGAGGGGAACGACUACGCCAGUUCUAUGCGGAUCGAUGCACAAUCCAGGGAAGAAGCGAGACCAAACGCAGCUCACACACGCAUCUUUCUGGAGCCGAAACAAUUCCGCCAAUUCGUGAAACAUGGACACGGAGAGAUCGCGAUGACACGUUUUUACCCGCGUUGGGUUCUCAACAGGACAGGACCGGUCAAUGGACAAACAACGAUGCGGAACAAAAUCAAACGGGUACAGACGAAGAAGGACUCGUAUUUGAAGCCUCCGGACAACCGGGAGUGGACGGUUUGAAUGGUACCGCGGGCGAGGCCGGAAUUCGAGGGAUGAACGGUGCAGAUAUCACUGAUCAGUAUCCGCGUGGAGAGGACGGACAAGCCGGUUCAUCCGGUACGCCAGGUCAAGAUGGUCAAUCCGGAGGUCGGGGUCAAGAUGGACAACGUGUGUUGGUCGAGCUUUAUCCAGUCGAAAACUAUGGCAGUUUGUCAGUCGAUGUGAAAUCUGAUCGUUCCAUCAACGGCGUGCAAGUAUUUAUCAACGAGACUGCGUACGGUAUUUUGCGUGUGAAUGACGAGGAUAUCAGUACUGGGAGUCGAUCGAGCAAAGUUCAAUUCAUUCGCAUCGACGCCAAGGGAGGUCCGGGAGGGUGUGGCGGACACGGUGGUCCGGGGGGUUCUGGUGGUUGCGGUGGUGGUGGAGGUGGAGGAGGUGAAUUGCUCAACUCUUCCUCAUCAACGGACCCGAGAAAUCUGUACGGACGUCAGUGGAGCGCGCCAGUUCGCGGGAAUCAAUCUGCCGCGAACUUCGCGGCCGAGGCAGCCGUUUCGUUGUUGCAUGCAGGUCAGCAUCAGCAUGGCGACUGGACCGGGUUCGGUGCCAUGCACCAAUCGGAUCGGAAUCACCAGAGUGGCAGCGGUUAUCGUGAUCGGGGACUGUUCAUGGACAGUACGGAACAUAUGCAUGAAGAUGAGGGUAUUUUGCAAUACGCAUUACGCUCGAUUGCUCUUGAGGACUUGGACGGUAGAAAUCACAGUCAGAGACAAAGUGCAUAUCGAGCGGCUCGUUUUGUACAAGCGGGGGAUGGUGGUACAGGCGGUGCCGGAGGACACGGUGGAAACGGAGGUAAUGGAGGCGAUGGCGGAAAUGGCGGUGAUGUGGUUGUUUUGACUUCCGAUCCUCGUCUCUUUCAACUGGUCGAAUGUGAUGUUAGCGGAGCAAUGCCGGGCCUCGGUGGACAGUGUGGUUCCGGUGGCCCCGGAGGAUCUGGUGGCCCGCCGGGUUGGGUUCAAGGUUGUCCCGUCAGUUGUGACCCGGUGGAUCCGCAGCCCUAUUCCCAAGGUGGUAGCUACCCGUACGGCAGAUGUUGUGAUGAGCAUUCUGAGGAAUGCGACCAGUGCAUCAGUCAGACCUCGUCAAAGCACUCUUGUUCACGGGGCGUGUCACGUGGCGAAGGUGAACCGGUGUACGUUUAUUUUGUUUUUCUCGGUCUGUAUUCCCGCUUCCUAACCAACAGUUUGUGGAAGAGAUGGUAA